AAAAUUUCAGAUCAAGUCUUCUCUUUCUUUCUCCACAUUUGAUUUGAUUGGACACUGCUUAGAUUCUCUCUCCGCCCUCGAUCAUUCUGAAUUUUCGGAUUAGCAUUGAGACAGAGACGGUGAUUAAAUCUUUGUUUUUGAUUUUCUGUAUCUCUGUUGGACAGUGGAGAUGGAGGGGUUGCCAACGACAACGAAAAAUGAGCGACGCUGGAGAUCCAAGAAUCUACAGACAUCCAAGCCUUCUUUGUUCAUGGCCUUUUUCUCUUGCGUCGCUUGGCUUUACGUUGCUGGACGGUUGUGGCAAGAUGCGGAGAACAGAACAUUGCUUGCUAAUCUUCUUAAGAAGAACAUUGAACAGAGACCAAAGGUUCUUACCGUUGAAGAUAAGCUGAUGGUCUUGGGAUGCAAGGAUCUAGAGAGGAGGAUUGCAGAAGUUGAGAUGGAUUUGACAUUAGCUAAGAGUCAAGGCUACCUCAAGCACCAGUUGCAACAAAAUGAGUCUUCAAAAAAUAAGAUUCUAGCAGUUAUUGGAGUUUACACCGGAUUUGGUAGUUACUUGAAUCGAAAUAAAUUUAGAGGAUCUUGGAUGCCUAAAGGUGAUGCUUUAAAAAAAUUGGAGGAAAGAGGAGUAGUGAUACAAUUUGUGAUUGGUCGAAGUGCUAAUCGAGGUGAUAGCUUGGACCGCCAUAUUGACGAGGAAAAUAAUAAGACAAAGGAUUUCUUUAUUCUUGAUGGUCAUGAGGAGGCUCAGGAGGAGCUACCUAAAAAAGUGAAGCACUUCUUCAGUACUGCAGUUCAAAAUUGGGAUGCUGACUUUUACAUUAAAGUUGAUGAUAAUAUUGACAUUGACCUGGAGGGAUUGAUUGGACUUCUUGAACGUCGACGUGACCAAGAUAGUGCUUAUAUUGGAUGCAUGAAGUCAGGAGAUGUGGUUUCUGAAGAGGGAAAGCUUUGGUAUGAACCUGAAUGGUGGAAAUUUGGGGAUGAAAAAUCGUAUUUCCGACAUGCCUCUGGUUCACUUCUUAUACUUUCCAAAAAUCUUGCUCAAUAUAUCAACAUAAACAGUGCAUCUUUGAAGACUUACGCUCAUGAUGAUAUAUCAGUGGGAUCUUGGAUGAUGGGUGUCCAGGCAACUUAUAUAGAUGACAAUCGUCUUUGCUGCAGUAGCAUUAGACAAGAUAAGGUGUGUUCCGUGGCUUGAGAAAAGAAGAUGGCUAGCUGUUUUGUGGGUUGUGGGCAUUGAUUGCCUUGAUAUUAUGUGAACAAAUUUUACUGGAUACAGCAGGAGGGGGGUGAGGAAUUUUCUAGAGCAUUGGGUGGAUCAUUCAUUCAGAGGUAGAUAUCUAUUAUAUAGCAUUCUUUUUUAGGGGAUGAACCACAGGUUGAUCUGCAUUUUAUGGCUACUGGUGGUUGGUUGGGAUGGAUGAUUUUAUUUGAUUAGUUUUGUUCAUCGUUUGCUUCGAUGUACCUUAAAUAGUUGUUCCCAUUGAAGAUUACAGUGC